AUGUCAGUCACCCGAGAAAAGCCACCAUAUGACCUCUUCGAACAGACCUUUGAACAAGAUUCGCAGACAACAACUCUAUUUGUGGUAAUUGGGAAAACCGCGUUACAAGAGAAUAUUGCAGCGCGAGAGACCGAGGAGGACUCGCUUGCGCCCCAUAUUGAUAGCAGCGGCACGCGCUCAUCUUUUGAGAUCCUAGGAUGCACCCUCCUCUCAGAGAGACGUGCUGAGCAGAACCAGAUGAGUGGCUCAAGAUUGAUAAGACCAUCUUCAAUAGUCACUCCGGAGAUGGCUUGUGUCCUGCGUCUUGUCAUGCUUCAUGACCGCCUGUCUAACGACAAGUUGAGAAGCCGUCAGAACCGGCUGCGUGCCUCAAGCUUUAUGACUGCUUCACAACUCUUGAUUGUCCUUUAUCUACUCCUUUUCCAAGGCUACAUAACAGCUGUCUACGACUUCAUAGUGCAGUUUGAUUAUUUUUCUUCGAAAUCGUCAUACAAUGGACGAGAUGGCACCGCCUAUUUCUUCCGGUGUCGAGCUCGAAUGUAUGGUUCAAGUUAA